CUCAAUCCUCACCAGAGCUGGCAACGACAACGACGAACAGAACAUCCACGGCGAGCGCCAGCACAAUUCAUCAUGGCAGGCCAUCACAACCACCCCCUCGCGCUCGACCCGGCGUUGGUCAAAUACAAUAAUAUGUUCCUCAAUCGGCACAAGUACUUCAGAUGGACAGGCCGGACUGCGAGAAUCACCUUUGCAUAUGUUGUUGCGUUCCCGGCGCUGAUUGGGUACUUGGCGUACACCACAGAUGGCAAGUGGGAUAUGAGAGGCAAGCGGAGAGGAGACACGAUUGUCGAAUUUUAGGUGCUGGAUGCUUGUGAGGGAAUCGGGUUGUACAUAUGAGAGGUCUGGAAGAAUUGCAAUCGGAAAAAAUUAAGCAACAAUCUGCUUUGAAGCAAGACAAGACUGGUGAAUGGUCGAGAUUCGACGCAGCGAAAAGCUUGUGCUUCACCUUU